CCCAACCCAUGUAUUUACCUUGUACAGACCCAUGUGGAAAUGCUAAAGCGACGGCUUCAACGACAAAACCACCAUGCUUUCUACAGCUAGGGUCUUCGCCUGCAACUUCAAACCCUCUCAAUCUCCGCCAUUACGCAGCAAAACCCAGAUGGAGGCACGAACCAGAAGCCCACAAAGCACCUUCUCGAGAUCUGGCUCUCUUUCCCCUCCAAGGGAAAGGCUCAGAGAAGAUAAUGGUGGUGGAACUGCCAUUGCGUUGCAGGAAUGGCAGGGUUGGGGAACAGAGUCUCCGUUACCUGAAAGGGUUGCUGAGAUUGUUCAUGAAUUGAAGUAUUUGGAGAAAGACUUCAAUGCCCAGAUGAGUUUUGGUGGGGUUGGUGGUAAACUGCAGGGAGAUUUCAAGAUUCAAGAGGAUAAAAAGCACAGAGCAACUUAUCAGGCUUUAGGUGAUUCUGAGAAAAAGCUCCAAUUCUUUUCAGCUCGACAAAUAGCAUGCCGCUUGCUUGGAAGUAGGGGUUACCUUUGUCAGAAGUGCUGGCUUGCUCUGGAAGAUUGUAUGUGUUCUAAAGUGAUUCCUUGCGUUCUAUGGCAUGGCAUACGGUUCUGGUUGUAUAUGCAUCCAAAGGAUUUUCUACGGCAGAACAAUACUGGAAAGUUGCUGUGGCAAGUGUUUGGUGUUAAAGCUGCAACUUUGUGCCUCUUUGGCAUUGCUGAACAUGAAGAGAUCAUGUGGAAUACAUUUGCACUUGCAGGGAAAAGCAAUGUUUGGUGCCUUUAUCCGAAUAAGAAUGCGCCAACAAAAUCAGUUCAGGAUAUCUUUGCUCAAGAAUCUUUGGGAGGUCUAGAAUGCUCAUCGACAACGGGGGAGCAGCAUGGGGGUGCCCAGUGUGGAUGGACAAACAGAGAAAAAAUUCUGAACUUUAUUUUAAUUGAUGGCACAUGGAACAACUCCGCAGCAAUGUUCAGGCGUUUGAAGGAACAAGCAAAGUUAGCUUGGGGAGAGGAGGACCUUCCUUGCAUAUCUCUGGCCAUGGGUGCCUCUGCAAUGCAUAAGCUUCGGCCCCAACCAUCUUGGGAUCGUACCUGUACAGCAGCAGCAGCCAUUGGCCUCCUCUCUGAGCUCCAACUUAUUCCAGAGUUUGGCUCAUAUGGAUUGGAUAAGCAAGCAGAAGCAGUGGAAGAUGCCUUAGCAGUUCUAUUAGAAGCUCUCACAGCUCGACGCCUUCGCAUGGGCAGGUCCAUCUCUCGUAAGCAGAGACACAACACUGACAUCUGUUAACAACUAACCAAGAAUCACAUUGUCAGCAGCAGGAGGAUGCAUUUUUUAGGUCUCCCUUUGGUUUGCAUGGUAACCAAGUCAAGGACCAAGUUAUGAGGAUGACAUCGCAGACUAGCAACACAUCAUUGUAUGCUUCAGAUAUGGUAGGCCCCUCUUUUUUCUUAGAGGGUUUUUGGUAGAAUUUAAUGUUUAAUGACUUAAAGUGACUUUAAGUUACUGUGCUUAAAUCAUUGAGUCAUAUUAAGUCAUUAAGCUGAUUUACCAAAAUCAUUUUUAAGUUAUUAAGUCACAUUAAGUCAAUAGGUUGAUUUAUCAAAAACCCCUCUAGUCUCAAACUUUUUAGUUUUGCUUACUGAUUGAUGUGGUAUUGGAUCAAAACAGUCGUCACAGUUGACUGUUCCAUUGAACUCAUGUUGGUUGUAUCGAUACACUACAUACAUUGAGAAUCCUUCUUUGCAGACAGAAUGAAAUGAUCUUGAACUUAAUCAAGUUCAGGUUUGCUUUA